AUGACACAAUCAUACCAACAGCCUCAGACAGCCUUAGCUGGCUUUCUUGACUCAAUGCACCAGGAUAAUGGAAUGUCGGCCUACAGCCUCUUCGGUCAAUAUCCGGAGAGCGUCGCAUUCUGGCAUGACCCGUCCGCUCCGGCGCCGCCCACGGGGCUUGCUGCCCCUUCAUAUCCACGAAAGCAGUCGGCACUCCUCCAGCCCACCGGCGAUCAAAAGAAACAUAAGCGCACCCGGAGCGGCUGCUUCACGUGUCGCGCGCGUCGGAUCAAAUGCGACGAGGCACGACCAACCUGUGAACGCUGUCGCAAGGGCAGUCGCGAUUGCGUCUACCCGUCGCCCACUGCACCCUCGACCAAGGGCUCUCGGUCAUCGACCAAGGCGCGCGGGACCCGCCCCCCCUCGCAGGGCAGCGAAUCCUCUAGCAAACACGAUACGGAAGAAGUGAGCCCGCUCGAGCCGAUCAUCGAUGAGGAAGAACCGGAGGGCGCGGACAUGGGCUCGGAAGCUUCUCCCAAGAGUGGCGGCGGUGCUGGUCAUUCGCGGCAGCAGCUCCGUCGCACGCAGAGUGGUCACUCCUUGCAAAAAAGGAGCACGAAGCAGCUUUCGGAGGCAGGGUUGUCGCAGAUGGAACCCGCCAGCUCUCCUUCCACAGAGUCUUCGCGGUACGAGUCGAUGAGUGUCCGGUCGGGAAGUGUCAGCCAUUCGAUCCAAGACUUGAUCAAUAAUUGUCGCCUGUCGGAGGAUGUGCGCUUCUACUUGGACUUUCACCAGCAGAACCUCUCAUACGACCAUUUUUUUCUGCGGCAAAGCAGCGAUCAUUUCAUCCAUCACAGCAUUUUAGAGCUUGCUUUGGGUUAUGAUCCUUUACUCUAUGCGCUAGUGGGGUUCGCGGCCUACCAUCACACCGUGCAGAGUGGAGGCAAACUUUACACAUUCUUGAAGUAUUAUAACAAGGCGCUCGUCCUGUUGCGAAAAUCUUUGGAGGCUGGAGAGGAGCACACGGAGGCAACGCUGUGCACAGUGCUUGUCCUGACGACAUUCGAGGAAUAUAUCGGAGAUUGGGCCAACUUGGUGGACCACCAUCAAGCUGCGCAUGCAUUGAUGCGAGAACUACUCACCCCGGAAUCCUCCAAUAUUAUCGAACUCCACACCAACAUCUUUUUGUGGUACGCGCGGUUUGACGUCGUGGCUGGUAUUCUCGCUGGCACAGAGACGAUCCUGAGCCGCGACUGGUACAUCUCAAAGGAGCAGUAUGAUGCCGAGCAAGCCGCCCUUUAUCCUGAUGAUCCAGGCAAGCAGCUCGCCUACAUUGCCUCCAUCAAUCGGCGCUUCGGGUUGGAUAUGGCUUCUCUUUACGCCAAGCUUUCCCGGGGGCUCAUCCCAGUGGAUGACUUUGUCGCACAGAACGAACAACUCGGCCUCACAAUGGAGCGAGCCAAGGCGAUUCUUCGCCAAUACGAGGUCUGCGAAGAAAAAGUUCACUCGUAUCCCGACCCGCAACCUUUGACUGACGAAGAUGUGGUGGACCCAUAUGUCCCGGGCUACAUCUGGCACGGGUCCAUGUGGGAAGCAAAUUUCUUCAAGAUCGAUCUUCUCUCAACGGAGUUGAUGUUCAAAUACCAGUCAAUGCUGUCGCUGAAACUACCUCUGCUUCCGGACCUGCAGUCAUUGGCUCUGCAACAAUGUCAACUGAUUGAAACCAUAUCGCGAUAUCCUCAGAGAGGGAAUGGCUACUUUAUGAACUUCAAGAACAGUAUUGGCAUUUCGAGCAUGUUCCUGCCCAGUGAUGAGAAACACCAAAUGUGGGCAAGGCGAAAGAUGGCCUUGAUGGAGCAGAAUGGGUACAUCAUUGCACCUAAGUUUCGCGCCGUUCUUGCUGCUAUCUGGCAAGUUCCCGAAGUCAAUCACUGGUGGCUCCCCAACAAUGAGGGCUUCUCGGACAUCAUCCGUGCCGUGCGGACUCUGUCUGAAGAGAAAAAGAAUGAGCCUCUGGAUGGUUUCCGCGAGAACGUUCGAGAUAUGAAAUCACUUUUCUGGAAGCUCAGCGUGGAUGACGAAGAUGACGAGCAAAGCCCUUCGAGCAGUCACCACAGCUACACCUAA